AUGUGUAUCAACGACAACAGCGCUGCUUUAUCGGCCCACUACCUCAGCUCGCAGCUCUCUGCGCUGUGGAAGAACGCAGAUGAUUGCGUCGCGACUGAAACUAAAAGCCCUGUUGUCAACUUGCACUCCGCGAGCUACGAGAUCCACAAGUAUACCCGUAGCCUCGCCCAAUGGCACUUCGCGGGCAAGCGUGCCCAAAAGGGCGACGUCAGCAAGGAUUCCUUGUUUUUCUACGCCCUCUUCGAGGAGCCCAAGCUCGAGUUCAUCUGCAACCAUGAGGCCGCCUUGUAUCUGACGGUCGCUGAAGGUCAUUGCAAUAAGGUCUACCCCAGCAAGACCAACGUCCCUGGCUACAAGUCUAACCCGAAGGAUAAUGUUGACAUCAAGGGCUUGAAGGUCGCCUUCCGGCUCCCCUUCACGCGCCAUGUCCUUGAAGGCUACGACAAGGUCAUUGGAAACGGCCCUGGUCACCUCAUCCAGAUGACCAUAUUGGACUUGAAGAACCCUCGAUUGGUGUUGUUCGCUGAUGAGCUGGACUACAGUGUUAAAGACGCCGCGAGCUUUUACUUGAAGAAAUACCUUCAUUUCCUUCAUUUCGCCGGCCACCACGUUCUUUUCGACCUCCCCGAUUUCGAUAACGAUACAUACAGGCACACCAUUGACUAUUCGCUCGUGAGCAAGGCUCUUACCGCGAACCCAGGAUUGUGCAAGGACGUCGACGUAUUUGGGAUCAGCUUGUUCUCCAUCAACGAGUACCUGAAGACCACCUGGCUCGACGUUGCCUCUCGAGAGUUCACUGGCAGAAGCUCUUCUGACCCAUUGGCGGAUUGCAUCUGGGAAGUCAGAAGCAACACCCUUUCCAAUCAUUACGGCCAUUUCCACAUCAGAUUCGAGCCACAAAGCAUCCAAUCUUUAUGCCGAACGGAGGUUGUGUUAACUCUCACCGCCUCGGAGAUUGAAUUUUUCGCUAGCUCUAACUUCGAGUUGUCAGCCAUCGACUCGUUCAGAGAUUGGAAAUUCGCCUUUGUGCUUGACGUUAUUCAGGACAAGAGCCACGAGGUGACAUUACUCAAGCUUGAUCUAGGAAGUGCUCGCUACAGCGACCAUUACUCAACAAAGGUUACCAGCGACGCCGCCGAAUUCUUCCAGCAAAUCGUCAGAUUCCUCCGAGACGAGUAUCUAUCGCUCCUUGUUCAGUACGGAUACCACGUCAUCUUCUCGCCGCAUAGUGGCUUCGAUGAGGAGCCCGACUUCAGCGACAUUGGCGAGGACAGCGAGUGGAAGAUAGGUGUCGACGUCUCCGGACCUAGUCACUCAGCGACAGUCAUGUGGGGAGAGACCGUGCGCAAGAUCUCCCUCCAUGGUUUCGACCACAUGUUGGCUAUUUCGGAGGAAGCCAUCAAUUCGUUGUUCAGCUCGAUGCACACCGUUUUAAACCACGGGUUCCUGCAUACCUACUCCGCGAGAAACAUGACUGUCAAGUUCCUCCCGAUCAAGGUCAAGCUCUUAUCCAACGGCAACGCCCUGGUCAUCUUCAACAUUGAAGUCGGGUCUAUGACAUUCGAGAACGGACAGAAGAAGUACAGCUUCGAUGCUUGGUCAAUCGCGUAUGAAACUCGAAUCAAGAUGGUAGAGCAGAAGUCAAUCACCUGGGAACAGGCUGUGGUAGAGCUUUUCGGCAAGACAUACAUCCAGAAAUUCCCCAAUGUGCAGACCAUCAAACACAUCAUUCUGGACUUUGCGAGGGCUGAAUACGUUGGCAAACAAUCGCUGAUGCCUGGCAUGUGGGAUAAUGACUCCCGCAGCGCCGUACAUAGACUCAAGAAUAUCCUCGAGUUCAUGGGAGACUAUCUCCAGGUUCUCGCAAAAUAUGGUCACAAUGUCAUCCACUCAGUCCCCAUCCUCCCUGCCAGCGAGGCCUUCGGUCUCACUGAUGCAACCUUCCGCGUCCUCUCUAAAGACGUCGUGACCGUUGCGAAUUGUGUUUACAGACACACGGCUCCUGUUCUCAUGGUGUUCGGCAUGACUCAAGGGCGCCCACUCCCCGAUACUCACAUCCCGUGGGGUUCUGGAUGGGUUUUCCCCCAGUCGCAUGGCUCGCUGUGCCUCUCCAAGAAAGUCUUCCUGGAGGGUCGAUUGCUGCCCGCCCUCGCGGUGAUCAACACUAAGACCACUGUCGUUCCACGCUUCCCCAACGAGGGCGAAGAGGAGUACAAAGUCUACCUCACCACAUGGGAUCAACACCGCUACCGCAAGGACAAGGCUUGUGACUGGACUUUGCUCGAGGGCACCGCCGACUGGCUUGAGUACGGUUGGGAACACCGCGAUGAGUGGAAGUACGAGCACUCUGGUACCCGCGAAGCAAAUGAAGGCUUCUCAGUUCUUUGCCAUACAAAGCAUCAACUCAUUCUUCCAACAACAUAUCGCGCCUCGUCGAUGGAAAUCAAGCUGAACGGACAGUCUAUCCUUCGAGUCAAGGAAAUCAAGAAUGACCGAACCAAAGAAACCAAGGCGACAUGGUCAGCCGUUAUUGUGGCCAAGACUGAUGCGGCAGGCCUUCAUAUCAGUCUGCGCCAACCUGUCUUGCCCGUCUUCGAUUACUCGGAAUCUGUCGAAGUUUGGUCGAGUUUCAACACCGACGUUGAGUUAAAGAGGCAUCUCCCGAAUGUCAUCAAUAUCGAUGCCGUCCUUUCUGAGCUUCGCACAGCGCUCGAAGGCGAUUGGCGAUGGGCUGCGGCUGCAUUGGGGACGUACAACUUGGCGAGUCCUGUGUUCACGAAGAACGGUGAUCUCGUUGUGCAGCUCCGCCAAAUCUACGACUCAUCCACAGUCGCCAUCGAGGCCGCGGCAGUGUCUCAGAGCGACAGCGCGUCAAUUUCUUUCAAUAAAGCCACGGAUAACGUCGCCACCUCCAACCGGGCCCUACCCAGUAACGGGAUCAACGGACUCAAUGGAGUCAACGGAGCCAAUGGCAGAACGCCAGCAAUUCGUCUGGAGGCCCCGCAAAUGGAGCGCGCGUUCAGCAACUCCACGGCCUCUUCCGGCGGUGAUAGCCCUCUCCCCACGCCUGGUGGCAGCGACGACGGAAACAAUCGCGAGAUUGACGUCGCAUCCGACGAUGAGCGGACCCCGUUAAUGGAUGAGGCACCCAUCAUCACCAAGCCCCCCGCAGGGAUGGCUGACAUGGAAGUCGGGAAAGUCAGCUUAGAAGCAGAUGAAACUGUGGCACCAGCGAUUGAGCUUGAACCUGGGUUUUAG